CAUUGGCGGGUAAAGACCACAUGAGAGUAACAUACACAACCGACGACAUGCAUGUGGCAUCGAUGGUGGAGUACGGUAAACAUCCAAAAAAGUAUGACAAGAAAACCGCCGGAGAAUCUACUUCUUACAGAUACUUCUUCUACAACUCUGGCAAGAUCCACCAUGUCAAGAUUGGUCCUCUUCAACCCAACACCAAAUACUAUUACCGUUGUGGUGGUCACGGUGACGAAUUUUCUUUCAAAACCCCUCCAUCCAAAUUUCCGAUAGAAUUCGCCGUCGCUGGUGACCUAGGCCAAACCGAUUGGACAUUAAGCACAUUAGAUCAGAUGAGGAAACGGGACUUCGAUGUUUUCCUACUUCCCGGUGACCUCUCCUACGCAGACACCCACCAGCCACUUUGGGACUCCUUUGGCCGCCUCUUAGAGACUUUGGCUAGCACCCGCCCGUGGAUGGUCACGGAGGGGAACCACGAGAUCGAGUCUUUCCCCAUCAAUGACCACAUAAGCUGCGUCCACACGGUUAUGCUUGGUUCUUACACCCCCUAUGACUCCCACUCCGAUCAGUAUCAGUGGCUCCAAGCUGAUUUAAGAAAGGUUGACCGUAAAAAGACGCCAUGGUUGGUGGUGGUUAUGCACAUGCCAUGGUACAGUACAAACAAGGCGCAUUAUGGUGAAGGAGAGAAAAUGAGAAAUGCCCUGGAGAGUUUGCUCUAUCGUGCCCAAGUAGACGUCGUUUUUGCCGGCCACGUUCAUACCUAUGAACGUUUCAAGCCGAUAUACAACAAGAAGGCCGACCCAUGUGGACCAAUGUACAUAACCAUCGGUGACGGUGGCAACCGAGAAGGCCUUGCUUUACGGUUCAAUAAGCCUCAGUCACCUUUGUCGGUAUUCCGUGAAUCGAGUUUUGGGCAUGGGAGAUUAAGGAUUAUAGACCAUAAACGAGCACAUUGGUCGUGGCAUAGAAACAACGACGAGAUGUCAUUUAUUGCCGAUGAAGUAUCGUUCGAAAGCCCUAGAGCAUCAUCACAUUGUCGUUCAAAUCGUUUUAGAGGUGAGAUCUAAUUCACCAUAUCAUUAAACAUUUUAAGCUCUUUUUCCCUCUUAUGUUUUGUAGAAAAUUAACUCAAAAAGUAAAUUCAUAUAAAUCUUUUAAUUAAUG